UUCCGCCUCUCCCUUCAUUUCUCGAGCUCACUUUCUUGGCCAUUGCGUGACUCACGCUUCCCCUUCCCGUUUCAACCGCCGUCUCAUCCCACCCAUCCUCCUCCUCUCACGUUCUUUUCCGUAUCCUUCUCUUCCUCCUCGCUAUGGCCGUAAUUUCUGAAAUCGAAGAACCGCCGCAGCCGGCGCAACAGCCGGCAGAAGGACUAGGUACGGGCGAUAGUGGCAGUCGAGCCGGCGCCGAGGGCCGUAGCAAGGAAGGCGGUUCGGACGAGUUUCCGUUUGACGGCUCGAUGCUGUCGCUGCUACGACAGCACGACGAUCGGCCGUUGGAUCUGCUCCGGACGGUCGCUGGAUUUUUGCGACGAAGGACAGAUUUCUUUGCGGAUGCGCGCUCGGAAACCGAAGCUGGGAAGAUCAUCCACGCCGCUCGAGUGCAGUUCGAGCGGGAGAGACAAGACCGCGAGCAGCGCGAGCAGCGGGAGCAGCAGGAGAAGUCCGAGGCGGAGAGACUAGAGAAGGAGAGAAUAGAAAAGGAGAGGGCGGACCGGGCGACGAGGGAGAGGGACGAGGCAGAACGGAAGGGGAAGGGCAAGGCGGGAGAAGAGAGGGAUGGGGACGGUGCUUCUGGGGGAGCUGCGUCUGCCAUGGAGGUCAGCGAGGACGAAGCGAAGGCGAUGGAUGAAGACGAGGAGGAGCCGGUGGCGAGUGGGAAGCUGAAGCCAACGUUGGGCAACGGAGCAGACCUGGGGCGCUACUCCUUCACACAGACCCUAGCGGAGCUGAGUGUGGCCAUCCCCCUUCCAGCGGGCACCAAAGCGCGCGGAGUGACGGUGGACAUCAAGAAGACAAAGCUACUGGCUGGGCUAAAGGGACAAACGCCAGUGCUGGAGGGCGAGCUGUGGGCACCUGUGAAGGUGGAUGAUUGCAUUUGGAGCAUUGAGGACAACCCUGGGGGCGGGCGCACCCUGUCAAUCCUUCUGACCAAGGUCAACCACAUGGAGUGGUGGAGUGCGGUGGUGAGGGGCGAGCCCGAGAUUGACACUCAGAAGGUGGAGCCGGAGAACAGCAAGCUGGGCGACUUGGAUGCUGAAACGAGGCAGACUGUAGAGAAGAUGAUGUACGACCAGCGACAGCGGCAGAUGGGGCUACCAACAAGUGAGGAGCAGCAGAAGCAGGAUAUUCUCAAGAAGUUCAUGGCGCAGCACCCGGAGAUGGAUUUCUCCAAUGCCAAGUUCUCUGUGUGAGCAAGAGAAGAGACUUCAAGGUUUUCUAGUUCUGAUGCGCCUCAAAGCAAGAGAAGAGACUUCAAGGUUUUCUAGUUCUUGUUAAAGUAAAAAUUGAAUGAGUGAACUAGAAGGAGAAACCUAGAACAAAUACUAGUUGGUUGUACUCACUAGAAGCAUACCCCAAUCUAGCCUAUAAGGGGUGAAGCUAAGCAAGAAGCAAACAGCUCAAGUUGAUACACCCCCUAGGCUAGACAAGGGGUGAAGCUAAGCAAGAAGCAAACAGCUCAAGGUGGCACUACUAGUCCAACCACUGAGCAAGAGAAGAGACUUCAAGGUUUUCUAGUUCUGAUGCGCCUCAAAGCAAGAGAAGAGACUUCAAGGUUUUCUAGUUCUGAUGCGCCUCAAAGCAAGAGAAGAGACU